UGAUCCAGAUCUAGUGUUUGUGUCAGACAGACACUCAUCAAUUUAUACAAGCAUCCGUAAGGUAUGACGAAAUCCUCAAACAGAUGACUAGUAGGUUGAUUUUUUAGCACUAACUUAAACAAUAGCAAGAUAAUAUACGAAUUAGCAAGAUAAAUAUUUAAUUACAUAUUACAUUUGUUGAGAUGGCUAGGAUAUACUCUAUUAACAAAAUAACGCCUCAGUAAUGAUGGUACAGGUUUACCCAAUGGCUUCACAUGCAGCUUGCGUGGUACAUCUGAAAAGGAACAUUGUAGCAAUGUUCAAAUCUGAGGCGUUAAGUGUUCUAGUAGCGAGAGCAGCAAGAGCUUACCGACUAAGUGAUUUCAACGGAAUAUUUGCUGAGAUAAGAGCAAUACACCCACCAUGCGCAGAUUACCUAACAGGAAUCGGGUUUGAGCAUUGGACUAGGUCGCAUUUCGUUGGAGAUCGGUUUAACUUCAUGACGAGCAACAUAGCGGAGUCGCUAAAUAAUGUCUUAACAAUGGCUCGGGAUUAUCCGGUAAUUUCUAUUCUAGAAUCACUCCGAACCACGCUGGUUACAUGGUUUGCCCUCAGGCGAGAAGCUGCUCAGCAGGAGGGAAACAUUUUACCACCCAAAGUGAAUGUAAUGGUGAUUGAGAAUUUUGAGAAAGGAGCUGGAUAUGUGGUGCUUAAGAUCGGGGAGGACAAUUAUGAAGUGAGAGAUAGAAAUGACUCCGGAUUUGCUGUAAACUUGUGGGAGAGAACUUGCACAUGCAGGGAGUUCCAGCUAUUAACAAUUCCUUGUUCCCACGCAAUAGCAGCAGGUAUAAAAGAGGGGAUUCGGGUAGACACAAUGGUAGGCAUACAUCACACAGUGCCUCAUCUAAGGUUGGCCUACCAAGGCAUAAUAAUGCCGGUCCCAGAUAUGGAUACACUAACUCCAUCCCCAGAUGAUAUCGGAGGGGGGAAACUGGCCCCACCAUAUGUCCGCAGGCCGCCAGGUCGCCCAAGAAAAAGAAGGAUGCUGUCAAGGGGGGAGUUUAAGAGAACUUCGGCGAAAAGGUGUUCACGCUGCAGGGGAAUUGGCCAUAACAGGGCAACAUGUCGGGGACCGAUAGCGGUAAAAAAUAUAUAACUAACAAUGAUUCUCUAUGAGUACAAGUAGAUUCGAUAAGGGGGGUGUUAUCAGAUAACACAUGGAAACGUGUGCUAAUUGAAAAAUAAUGUCCCGCAGGGAGGCAAGUGAUCGAGGAGGGAAAAGGUUUUUUGGCGGUAGCAGAUGGAGGAAGGAGACUGUUUUUUGGACUAGGGAGGGUUUGAAAGGAUGGUGCCGCGAUUAGAAGACUCAGAAGAAGUCAUGUUUUAUAAAUAACAAGAAUUCGGAGAUCAGAAAAUUUUCAAUGUAUAUACGUACGGAUCCUGAUCCAAGAAAUGUGUAUUAUCUGCAAUCAGGGGCGAUCCCAACAAACCUUCCUUAUGAAUGUUAAAUAUAUGUUUAUGUUGAAUGAUAUGCGGUAACAAAAUAUGUACCACGAUAUAUACCCUCUUUGAAAUUUAGCAACUUGAAAGGUAACUAGCGUCCUGUACUAAAAAGAUAAGACAACAACGACUUCGCUAAGAAUAAGAUUACCUUCUAAUGAAUGUGAAAGAAGAGAAAAAAAGAGUUCAAAUAAAAGGUUAGUCGUAAAAUGGUUAUAAAUGAGAUACAAAAAUAAAGAAAUAAAGGAGAAGUUAUAUAAUUUAGAAAAAUUAAACUUAAAAUAUGAUAUAGAAGAUGAUUUAGAAACGUAUAUUGGUUAACAACUAACAAAAAAAAUAUCUAAAACAAGUAACAAACUGAAAGAAAUAAAAUGAGAAGUUAUAUAAUUUAGAAAAAUUAAACUUAAAACAUGAUAUAGAAGAUGAUUUAGAAACGUAUAUAACAUGGUUAACAACUAACAAAAAAACUAUCUUAAACAACUAACAAACUGAAUAUCGACUACUAAGUUCCGCGAUAACAAAAGCUACAAAAAUAAAAUCUUAAACAUAGAUGUUAACAAACAAUUAAACAUGACAGACAGUAAUUAGUAAUUACUAAAAAACUUAGUAUCCAAUACUUUGUGAGGUACCGCGAUAACAAAAGCUACAAUUUGAAAGCCGACCCAUGUCUAAAACCCGACCCGCGUACCUAUAUACUCCAUCUUCUUCUCCAAAAUCCCCAAAUCGAAAAAAAAAAAAAAAACCUAAAAUCAUCAAUCUCUAAAAUCGACCUCUCUAAUCAUGAGCAAUAUCUCUGGAGCUUCAAGUGGAUCAUCAAAUGUCCGGGAAAGAGUGAAAGGCGUGCCCAAGAAAUGUUGGUGUGGAGAACAAAUUGUGCAAAAAAUUUCAAAAUCCGACCCAAAUCCAUACCGCCGCUACUUUCGUUGUGGUUAUGCUGCAACAAAUAGAGUAAUACCCUUCCGUUGAACUUUGAUGGCUAAUGUUUAUUUUAGAUUCUCAUUGUACUUAUACUUGUCUUUCUCGUUGUAGCUUAUGAAUGAUAACCACACAUUUAAGUGGGUGGAUGAGGCAUUGUGUGAUGAGGUAUCGACAUUGAAUGGGCAAACUAAGAGGCUGUAAGAAGACAUCAAAGAGAUCAUAACAAAUUCAAUGAAGCACGACGAGAUGAUUUUUGAGAAAAUGCAGAAGGAGCUUGAGAAAGAGAUUUUUGAGAGAGUGGAAGAUGCUAUGAUGGAAAAAAUCUGAGUUCAAGUCCAAGAUGAAUAAGAUGAUGAUUUUUUUUUGUUUUUGGUUGUUUGAUCAUGGUAGGUCUCAUUAAGGUACUAGGUUGAGUCAUCGUCAUGUGUUUGACUCAGAUUUGCGUAAUUGUUGUCCUUGCUUAUUUUGAGUCAUUGUUGAAUAUUGGUUUUCUGUCA